GCAGGGCGGGCCUAGACAGUCUCAUCUCCCAGAUGCACAAAAUAGAAACCCAAAGAGAGGUCCAGGUGCCUGCCAUCCGUGGCACAUGUAGGGACCCUCCCGAGUUGGGAGGGGCUUUGCAGGGGGAACUGUGGGGUAGGGAGGAACCGCUGAGUCCGGAUUGGGGUGUCCCCAGGGAGAACGGCUGAUGGAAGACUUGUUGGCUGAGGCCACCAAAUAGGGCCCCAGGUACCCGAGGGUGGAGUUUGGCCCCAGGUCCUGAGUCAGGGCUGGCCUGGCGUGGCCCUGUGUGGCGCGGAGCUGCCUGGCUCCCUCCUCCAGGAGCACAAACUGGGCCACUAGACUUUGGCCUCAUUCUUGCUGCUGGAAAACUGCCUGCUCUCUGGUCAUAUCUUUGGGGAGGGCAAGGAAGGGGGCUCAGGCAAUUUUGGGGUCCCAGGGGCUUCCUGAGGGUGGGAUCAGGGAGCACCAAGUUUUAGGGGGCCUUGCUUGGAGCUGGCAGCUUUGUGCUGUGUGAGUUGUGUGACCUGGUGAAGUCACCAUACCAUCCUGAGUCUCAGACGGAUUUGGCGGGGGCCUGCUGGGGCCCAGCCUGGGUGGUUUGAUGCUCGCCAGAGAGACCCCAGCACCAAGCCUAGCACCCAAGAAGCCCCCAGUCUGGAGGAGACACAGUGAGACAGAUGCCCCAAGCCUGUGACAUCUGGGCUCCCAGGGAGAGAGCAGAGACUCUGCCUGGAAGUCAGAGAGGGCUCCCUGGAGGAGGCUCCAGGACAUGAGCCUCGAAGCAUGGAAUUGGCAGGUGGAAGGCCACAGGGGCAUGCCAGCCAGACAGAACAUUCAGGGGCACACUGGCGGAGCUGUGCUGUAAGAGGAGACUGCACAGCCUUGGGAGAAGACAGAGCCAGGUGGGCCUGAAAUGCUGGCUGAGGGUAAUGGGGAGCCAUAGAGGGUGUGUGAGCAAGGGAGGGAUCUGAUCAAACUGGACUGGUGGCCAGAAGCCCAGGGAGGAGGCUGAUUUGGGCCAUGGGGUUGGGCAACAAAAGCAUGUACUCUUCAGGUGGGAUAACAGGAAGAACUGUUUCCUUCCUUGGAGGGACGAAUUGUCCCAAUUCCAUAGCUGGGCAAGUUGGGACAGAAGGUUCAGGGCCUCCCCUGAGGUCAGGGGCCUGCCUGCCUGCCUGCCUGCCUGCCUGCCUGCCUGCAGGGCCGCCCCGGGCAGGGCUGUUUCCACCCGGCUGCUCUGUAUCCUCCCACCGCCCCGAGCUGGGCUUUGUUCUGGUUCUGCCUGAGCUCCCUCUGCCCUAGAGAGGCCUCUUCCCAGGGGCUCAGCGCUGGCGAUGCAGGAUCCGGGGGGUGGGGUUGGGGGUAGGCGCAGAGCCUCAUCUUUCCGAAGUCUGCCGAUGGCUUCCUGGGCUGGGGCCUGGGUCCUUCUCGACACUGUCCCCUCCGGUGAACUCCCCUGUCCCAUGGAGGUAUCUGGUGUCCCAUUGCCAGGUGAGGAAACCAAGGCUGAGUGGGGCAGUCACCAUCUGAGGGGCGGGGCUGGGUGUCUGCAGUUCAGAUGCAUCUGUUUUUGUUUUUGUUUUUUGAGACGAGUCUCUGUCACCCAGGCUGGAGUACAGUGGCCCAAUCUUUGCUCACUGCAGCCUCCACCUCCCGGGUUCAAAUGAUUCUCCUGCCUCAGCCUCCUGAGUAGCUGGGAUUACAGGUGCCUGCCACCAUACCUGGCUAGUUUUAUGUAUUUUUAGUACAGACAGGGUUUCACCAUGUUGGCCCAGCUGAUCGCAAACUCCUGAUCUCGUGAUUCACCCGCCUCAGCCUCCCAAAGUGCUGGGAAUACAGGUCCAACCGUGACUGCCAGAUCGACCAGCACCACCGGAACCAGUGCCAGUACUGCCGUCUCAAGAAGUGCUUCCGGGUGGGCAUGAGGAAGGAGGCGGUGCAGCGUGGCCGCAUCCCGCACUCGCUGCCGGGCUCCGUGGCCGCCUCCUCGGGCAGCCCCCCGGGCUCGGCGCUGGCGGCGGUGGCGGGCGGCGGAGACCUCUUUCCCGGGCAGCCGGUAUCCGAGUUGAUCGCGCAGCUGCUGCGCGCCGAGCCCUACCCAGCGGCGGCCGGGCGCUUUGGCGCCGGGGGCGGCGCGGCAGGCGCGGUGCUGGGCAUCGACAACGUGUGCGAGCUGGCGGCGCGGCUGCUCUUCAGCACCGUGGAGUGGGCGCGCCACGCGCCCUUCUUCCCCGAGCUACCGGUGGCCGACCAGGUGGCGCUGCUGCGCCUGAGCUGGAGCGAGCUCUUCGUGCUGAACGCGGCGCAGGCGGCACUGCCCCUGCACACGGCGCCGCUGCUGGCUGCCGCCGGCCUCCACGCCGCGCCCAUGGCCGCCGAGCGCGCAGUGGCCUUCAUGGACCAGGUGCGCGCCUUCCAGGAGCAGGUGGAUAAGCUGGGCCGCCUGCAGGUCGACUCGGCCGAGUACGGCUGCCUCAAGGCCAUCGCGCUCUUCACGCCUGAGAUGGAGUUUCACCAUGCUGGCCAGGCUGGUCUCGAACUCCCAACCUCAGGCAAUCUGCCGGCCUCAGGCUUCCAACAUGCUGGGAUUACAGGCAUGAGACGCCUGUGGCCUCUCGGACCCGGCUCACGUGGAGAGUCUGCAGGAGAAGGCACAGGUGGCCCUCACCGAGUACGUGCGGGCGCAGUACCCGUCCCAACCCCAGCGCUUCGGGCGCCUGCUGCUGCGGCUCCCUGCCCUGCGCGCGGUCCCUGCCUCCCUCAUCUCCCAGCUGUUCUUCAUGCGCCUGGUGGGGAAGACGCCCAUCGAGACGCUGAUCAGAGACAUGCUGCUGUCGGGGAGUACCUUCAACUGGCCCUAUGGCUCGGGCCAGUGACCACAACGGGGCCACGUGCGCCGUGGCCAGGCCUGCAGACAGACCUCAAGGGACAGGGAACGCUGAGGCCUCGAGGGGCCUCCCGGGGCCCAGGACCCUGGCUUCUCUCCUCAGACUUCUAUUUUGUAAAGACUGUGAAAUGUUUGUCUUAUCUGUUUUUUAAAUGAUCAUGAAACCAAAAAGAGACUGGUGAUCCAGGUCUCAGCCUCGUCCUCCCAGGACCCCUGGCCUGGAUGGAGCAUGAACUUAUGGGAUGGUGGGGGCAGCUUCCCUGGUGUGAUGGACAAAGGCCUGGCGUCUGGACUGGAGGGGCCACUCCAGUGGGCAGGGGUAGCUAGCGUGUACCAGGCCAGAUCCUCUGGACGCGUAAUCUACAUCAGACACUACAUGAUGCUCAAUCAAAGCCAAGAAUAAAGACAUUUCCUACCUGC